GACCAUGUGCAGCAUCCCCUCCCUCCUUCCCUCUCAUGCUAGCAUCACUCCCCCUCGUACGUACACGCUGUCCUCAAAACCUCCGGCAGCAAUAGCCGCAUUGGUCUGUGUACACUGAGCCGACUGGGAGGAGGAGGUGGGAUCCAGCUCCUGGUGGUCGUGGGCUAACAAACGUUUACGUGCGAACGGUGCGGAUCGCAAACAACGACUCCCGUUUGCUACCGACUGGGUUUUUGGGGGGAAAUCGCGACGAGAAAAGCCCAUUACGGGACCCUCCCUCCCCCCUCCUCCCUGCCAACUAUACACAUUUAUCCACCACUAUUACAUUUCUUUUAAGAUUUAACGUCGUUUAUUAUUAUUAUUUUUUAUUUUUUUAACCUCCGUUUCCCCACUCGGACUCCAGCUAGCGAGAUUCCUGUUGUGACCACAACCGCCACCAACGUCCACAUCGUAGGCGGGGGCUGUGUGGUGAAGUCGCCCUGCAGCAGGGGCUGGUUACGUUAAUAUUAAACGGUAUUGUUGCCCAACAGUUUUCGCUUUCAGUUUGGGUCGACUUCUCGUUUUUAUUUUUUCUGACAACGCCUUGUAGCACCCCGAGUGUGUGAAGAAAUACAUCACAGAAGAACACAGCUACUACUGGGACUGAGGGAAUCGCUGGUGAGUCAAGUGGUCCCACAUUGAGGCGCCUGUCAUGACUGCUGAUAAAUAUCCAUGAGCUCCGAUUUCCCGCACUACAGUUUCAGGAUGCCAAAUAUUGGGUUUCAGAACCUCCCCCUUAAUAUCUACAUUGUGGUGUUUGGGACAGCCAUCUUUGUCUUCAUCCUCAGCCUCCUCUUCUGCUGCUACUUAAUAAGGUUACGGCACCAGGCGCACAAAGAGCUAUAUGCAUACAAACAAGUCAUUCAGAAGGAAAAAGUCAAAGAGCUAAAUUUGCAUGAGAUAUGUGCAGUAUGCUUGGAAGAGUUCAAACAGAAAGACGAGCUGGGGAUUUGUCCAUGCAAACAUGCCUUUCAUAGAAAGUGCCUCAUCAAGUGGUUGGAGGUGAGGAAAGUGUGCCCGCUGUGCAACAUGCCCGUCUUGCAGCUCGCCCAGCAGGCCGGCAGCACAGACCCGCCUGUGCCAAUACAGCAGCCUCUGCCCGGCAUCGAGAACAUGGUGUAGCAGACUCCAACCCUCUCUUACAGUACACUACAGACACACAUAAACACACAUCCCGACACUCGUACUCUCACCUGUACAGGUACACUUUGGUAUGAGUCUGUGGACACACCGGAGAAACUGGAGUUACUGCGCAGAUACUCACGAAACCUGUGAAUCUGCAGCCAUCGUCACCUCUCUUAUCUUUGCAUUGGUUCACAAAAGGAUUUUCUGAUAUCAGUUCUGACUGAUGAUCAACUGUUGUCAUGUUUUUUUUUUUUUUUCUUUUCACGGACGAUGAAGAAGAGUUGAUCUAGAAGAAGUUUCCUUCUCGGCCGAGAUGUGGUUGAUAACUUUUUCACAACCAAAGCACUUUUCUGGGGACACCAGCUUAAGACCAGGAGGAAAAAAAACACAAAAGCCAAGAACUACAAUACACUAAAAUAUAUUUUUUUCUUUAACAAGCACUUUACGAGAAGUCAAACCUUAAUUGCUUGUGAUCGUAGUAGCAAGGUAUGUUUUGUAUUUUAUCAUUAACUAUUAUUUUAAUGUACAGUACAAAGCCACAUGGUUUUUCAUUUUUAAUUAGUAAACAUUGAUUUCUAAACAAAAAAAAAAUAAUCUCAAAGGGACAACAAAUACCUAUGUUAGCUAUCAGGAAAUUUGGACAAUGCUUUGUGUUCUAAUUGCACACACACACACAGACACACAUAAGAAAUUAAGCUCAAAGCAACCUCGAGACUUGAUGUCUGACUAAAUGUGAAAGGUCUGAAUGUGUGGAAACCCAAAAUUGUACACGCAAACACUAACACACUUCAUAUGAAGCCUACAGAAUUUGUUCCCUCAUCACCUGUUUGUCGUUCUUAUAAUGUGACUGUUGUUUUUUUUUUUUUUUUUUUCUUUUUUUCUGUCAAAUACAGAAAGGUGAUACAGUGAACAAAGUUUAUUUGGACUAAAGGAAUUUACCGGGUAACAUCCUCCAUAUAUGAGUGCUGUUAGGCAAGCACAGGCUAAAAAGUGACCAUCACCCCAGGCAUUGUGUAAGAUUUUAAUUUCAUCAGAAAAAUAUCUUCGACAGAAAAGAAAUUCAAAGUUACUACUUCAAAUACUGUGAUUAUUUAAACCAGUAUUAGUGUGUAUAACCUGGUGCUUUAUAAAACUGUUUUACAGAACAAACAACGGUAAUGAGGCAAUAUUCAACACAUCUAUAAACUUACAUGUUCCAGUUUGAUUUUGCUCCGUUGCUUCUUUGUUUUUAUGUUCCUGAAGCUGAGCUGUGUGAAUGUUAACAGUGCUUUACUUCAGAUUAAGGCUGAAUUGUUCUGUCAAAUUGAGACACUUUACAAAACAAAAAACUGUUCCGUUGAUCUAUCUUAAACUAGCAUCAUACGGUAUAUCUUGCUAGGAAGUGGAUGAUAAUUCAGUUUAGGAAAAAGACCAGAAAGAAUCCGUUUUUUUUGCCUUUUUGCCAUUCAGCUUCUACUUAAAAUGUGCUGCAGCCACAGUAGCGGUUACCUUUGUUUGCUUCGACCCUGAUAGAUUAUUUUAAUUUAUUUUUUUAAUUUAUUGUAAUUUAUGGGUACAGUUACACAGAGUGAACGAGUAAACGGAUCAACACCUGCAUCAGAAUUGCUGUCCUCAGCAUAUCAUAUUGGUCAAGAUACACACUAGUGAGGGGCACCCAUACCUAUCAUGCCCCCUCCCCUCUUCCCCCCAACGCCCCACAGCUGGGCUGCCAGAGAGUCAGUGGUCAGCAGGUUGUAAUGAAGCAGCAUUUCCAUUCAUACACACACACACAAACACACACACACACACACACAGGGUAAUUCAGCUUUUUGGGAGCAGUAUUCUGGUGCUUUCGCCUCUCUCCCUCUUUCUGUACGGUACACGGUGCUUUUUGUUUUGCACCAUACAUACAGUAACUCUGCUUUUGUGCAUAUUUUUUGUCCUCAUCUCUUGUUAGCUGCUUUUGGUAAAUGUGCUGAUGAGUUUAGCAAGGAGGGGCUGAAAAAAGAAAGCUUUGCUACACAGUGAUGGAUAAGUGAGAGAUUGUCUUUUACCUGUGAUAUGUAUUGUUAAAAAACAAUCAUACUUUUUUUUAAAGGCACAAUCUGUGAUCCCAAUUUAAACAAAAGGGACUAACAGGAUCAAUGAAUUACACUAUUCUACACCAGUGGUUCUCAGACCUUUUCAUGUCAAGGACCCCUAAACUGAGACAAAUUAGACCAUCGACCCCCAUCUGAUUGAAUAAGAUUUUUGCUCUUAUGUGUUUAAUUACAGAAAAUGUAUGAAGCCCAUGACCAAAAUAGUCACAUAUUCUGUCAUUGUGUUACUUAUGGAUGAAA